GUGCUCUCGUACAAGACUGAUAGGUUCUGUGUCCGAAUCUCGUCGGGUGGCGGAAUCGUGGAUGCGCAGUGAUGAGGAGUACCAUACUAAAACGAAACAGCCGUCCAGUGUUUUCAGGUUUCCUAUAGUAGUUUAGCUUCAAUUGAAUCAUGAUUUCAACUAUUGAAAUUCAUUAUAUACAAAUGUUUUCCUUUUUUUGAUAUUUUAAUAUUUUACUAAUCAUUGUAUAUACUACUAACAAUAUACAAUUUGUUUUCACCCCUAUCUAUCCACUUCUUAUAUUCUAGACAUUGUUGAUAGUAAAUUAAAAUAUAUACUUGGUCUAUUUUUCAAUCUAUCUAAAUUUAAACAAAAAACAAAAAAAUUACAACAAUCCCAAAUAUAUACAACUACAUCCUCAUCAAUAAUACAAUCAUCAUUCUUAACAACAUCAACAAUACCAACUAAAGCAACAAUUACAUCAAUUCAUUAUCCAUCAAUGAUUAAAUUACAAAAAAAUCAUAUUUCCAAUGAAAAUGAUACACAUCACCAACGUCAUCAUCAUCAUGAUCAUCACGAUCAUCGUGAUCAUGAUCAUCAUCAGGAUUCAUUAGUUGUUCAAUCAAUACCACCUAAACCACCACCACUACCACCAGCACGUACUAUCAAUAAUAAUAAUAAUAAUAAUAAUAAUAAUAAUAAUAAUACUCAUAGUAGUCUAUCAAAACAAACAGAUCUACACAACAAAUUAGACAUUCCAAACAACCACCACCACAACAACAACAGCAACAACAACAACAACAAUUUAAACAGUGUGAAUCAUCAUCAUCCUCAUCAUUAUAAUCAAUCUGUAAAUAAACAAGAAAAUCUUUUAAUGGGACAAUUAAAAUAUCCAAUUAAGAAUAUUAAUGAAACAAUGUCUAAUCAAUGUUCCAAUCCUUUAAUAUUGAACAAAAAUAAUAAUAAUAAUACUCCUAAUAAUCAAAAUAUGAUUGGAAUUAAUGCAUCAUUAAAUUUUACUAAACCAAA